AAAACAUAGCGGAACUAAAAUGAAAAAAAUUUUGGCAUUUAGAAUACUUAUAUUUUGUGCAAUACUUACUUUUCAAAUAUCCAACACAAAUGGAGCAAAAAUUUUGUCAGUUUUUGGUUUACCGGGACCUUCACAAUAUAUAAUGGCUUCAGCCUUAUUAAAGGGCUUAGCGGAAAGGGGUCACGAGGUGACAUCCAUAUCAACAUUUCCUCAAAAGAUGCCGGUUAAAAAUUUUCGAGAUAUAGCGGUAAUGGAAAAUUCCAAAUUAUUUGAUGCCUUAAUGACAGAUGUUGUGGGUGAUAAAAAGGAUAAAGGCUUUUUUAAGGAAAUGCGUGAAUUUGGUGAAACCGGUUAUCAAAUGGUUAGCAAUGUCAUGCAACAUCCCGGAGUUAGGCACUUAAUGAAGACUGAAAACUUUGACUUAAUUAUAGUAGAAACUAUAUUAAGUGAAGCUCUUUAUGGUUUGGGUGAACAUUUCAAAGCUCCCAUGGUGGGUGUUUCAACCUUUGGUACAAUUAACUUUGUAGACUAUUUGGUAGGCAAUACAUCGCCCAUGUGUUACGUACCCCACAUUUCACUGCCAUAUGAUAAUAAAAUGACACUUAAGGAAAGAAUAUUUAAUGUGAUAACCACCAUUAUAGAUGAUUUACACUUUAAUUAUAUAAUGCUACCACCUCAGGAGAAACUGUAUAAGAAAUAUUUUCCCUCCGCUUCACUAACACUUGAUGAGGCCCAAAGAAAUUUUUCUUUGAUACUGAUUAAUCAACAUUUCACCUUGAGUUAUCCUAGGCCUUAUGUGCCCAACAUGAUUGAAGUGGGUGGUUUGCAUAUAAAACAAAAACCUGAUGCUCUGCCUAAAGACCUAAAAGAAUUUCUGGACAAUGCUACUGAGGGUGCCAUCUAUUUCUCUAUGGGUUCUAAUCUAAAAAGUAAAGAUUUACCGGCAGAAACGUUAAAGGUAUUUUUGGAUACAUUUAGGGAACUUAAACUGAAAGUUCUAUGGAAAUUUGAAGCUGAAACUUUGCCCAAUAAACCAGACAAUGUCUACAUAAAAUCCUGGUAUCCCCAACCCUCGGUAUUGGCCCAUUCCAAUGUUAAGCUGUUCAUAUCACAUGGUGGUUUCCUAAGUACAACAGAAACUAUAUUUCAUGGUAAGCCGAUUUUGGGCAUACCCAUAUUUGGUGAUCAACCCAUGAAUGUUAAGAAUGCUGUUAAAUCUGGUUAUGCUUUGUCUUUGAAAUUGGAUGAGAUUACUAGGGAAUCUUUUAAAUCUACUAUAAUGGAACUUUUAUCUAAUGAUCGUUAUACCAAGAGAGUGCAACAGCUGUCUAAACGAUAUAGAGAUCAGCCACAAACACCUUUGGAUACAGCUAUUUACUGGAUUGAAUAUGUUUUGAGACAUGAGGGUGCCCCACAUAUGCGCAAUGCUGGUGUGGACUUAAACUAUUUCCAGCAAAAUAAUAUUGAUGUAGUUGCUAUUUUAGCAGGAGGCUUCCUGCUAUUCAUUAUAGUUUUAGUAAUUUUUAUAGGGUUUGUGGUCAAAUUAUUGUGUGGCAAGAAGAGGACAAACAAAAGUUCUGAUAAAAGUAGAAGCAAGAGAAAAAAUAAUUAA